GGAGGCUGGACGGCGCUGACGUGGGCGUCUUACAAAGGUCGCGUGGAGGUCACCGAGCUGCUGCUGGAGCACGGGGCCAACCCCAACACCACAGGACAGCAGUACAGCGUGUAUCCGAUCAUCUGGGCUGCCGGUCGAGGACACGCCGACAUCGUCAAACUGCUGCUGCAGAGCGGAGCUAAAGUCAACUGUUCUGACAAGUACGGGACGACUCCUCUGAUCUGGGCGGCCAGGAAAGGACACUUUGACUGUGUGAUGCACCUGCUGGAGAACGGAGCCGACGUCGACCAGGAGGGGGCGAACUCCAUGACGGCUCUGAUCGUGGCGGUGAAGGGCGGCUACACCGAGGUGGUGAAGGAGCUGCUGAAGAGAAACCCCAACGUCAACAUGACCGACAAAGACGGGAACACGGCGCUGAUGAUCGCCGCCAAGGAGGGCUACACCGAGAUCGUGCAGGACCUGCUGGACGCCGGGACCUACGUCAACAUCCCAGACCGG